GAACAGAAAUAGGAAGUAUGAAGAGAACAGGAAAAAACAGGUCCACAACUCAAAGCGACACAACUGUUUCAAGCGUAAACCGUAGAGGUCUUUGUUAUAGUGCAAGUGCAACUAAAGUCGCUGCACGCUGUUUUCAGAGUUUCUGAGGGGCUUCUGGUGUAAAACAUGAGUGAGUCACUGGAAACGACUACAGACUGUCCUUUGCCACUUGUUGGAGAUGAUUCCAGUCGAGAUCAGGAGGAAAUCAGCCAGACAGCCUCAAAUGAGUUACACUGGGAAGAUGUAGGUCUACCUGUGGAGCUGCAGAGAGGGAUGGAGACCCUACGAGUGAACAGAGAAUUGACCGAUGUGGUACUGCGUGUUCAGGGACAUGACUUCCCUUGUCAUAGAGCCAUACUUGCUGCUGCCAGUCAUUACUUCAGGGCUAUGUUUUGCAGUGGUCUAAAAGAGAGCCAUGAGGAACGUGUGGAAAUAAAGGGUUUGGACAGUGGGACGAUGCACUCUCUCCUGGAGUAUACCUACACCAGCAGUGCCCUCCUCACUCACUCGAAUGUCCAGAGAAUUCUAGAGGCUGCCAGUCAAUUUCAGUUUCUACGAGUGGUGGAUGCAUGUGCUGGCUUUCUGAACAAGUCUCUGCACCUGGAGAGUUGCAUUGGUAUCCUGAAUCUGGCUGAGAGACAUGCCUUGCUGGCCUUGAAGAUCAGUGCUCAGGACUACAUCACCACUCAGUUCUCCCAGAUAGUCCAGCAGCAGGACUUCCUGGAGCUGCCGGCUGAGUCGCUGGAGGCCGUCCUGCAGAGGGAUGACCUUGACGUGAAGUGUGAGGAGUGUGUUUUUGAAGCACUCAUGCACUGGGUGAGAGCCAGGCAGGAUGAACGCUAUCCUUCACUAGUCAGGUUGCUCUCACAUGUGCGACUGCCUUUGUUGGAGCCUGCUUACUUCGUAGAAAAAGUGGAGUCAGAUGAAUUGAUUCGCCGCUGCAGUGAGGCUUUUCCUUUGCUGCAAGAGGCCCGCAUCUAUCACCUCUCUGGCAGCGAGGUUGUCUCUGAACGAACUAAACCUCGUGUGCGGCACUAUCUGUCCGAGGUGUUCCUGAUCAUUGGAGGCUGCACUAAAGAUGAACGCUUUAUUUCUACUGUCACCUGUCUGGACCCCCUCAGGCGCAGCAGGCUGGAGGUAGCCAGGCUGCCCAUCACAGAGAUGGAGGAUGAAUCACAAAACAAGAAAUGGGUGGAGUUUGCAUGCAUCACUUUUCGCAAUGAAGUGUACAUAUCUGGAGGUAAAGAGACACAGAAUGAUGUUUGGAAAUAUAAUGGCGCCCUGGACAAGUGGAUCCAGAUCGAGUCCCUGACCACAGGACGCUGGAGACACAAGAUGGCAGUUCAUGGAGGGAAGGUUUACGCUCUGGGUGGAUUCGAAGGAGUUCAGAGACUUGAUAGUGUAGAGGCUUAUGAUCCCUUUCAUAAUCGAUGGACACAGGUGAUACCUCUUGCUGUAGGUGUUAGCUCGUUUGCUGCUGCAAGCUUUGACAGAUGGAUCUAUGUGAUUGGUGGUGGGCCCAAUGGAAAGUUGGCAACUGACAAGGUUCAGUGCUGGGAACCAGGGACCGACAGCUGGGAGCUGCGGGCGCCCAUCCCCAUUGAAACCAAAUGCACCAAUGCAGUCACAUUCAAAAACUGCAUCUAUAUAGUUGGUGGUGCCAUGCAUGCCAUGUACUGCUAUUCACCUCUGUCUGACUCUUGGUCCCUUGUGACCCGUCUGGGGGAGAGGGCGAGCUGUGCCAUCGCUGCCUGUAACAACAAACUCUUCAUCACUGGGGGACGGGAUAACAAGAACCAAGUUAUCUCCACAGUGAUGUGCUGGGACGUUGGUCGAGGGGUGUUAACAGAGGAGUGUGUUUUACCAAUGGGAGUGUCGCACCACGGCAGUGUGACACUCAUGAAGUCCUACACACACAUACACAGAAUAACACCAGCUUAAGAAAGCCAAAUGACACAGACUUCUGUGAAUGGACGUUGUUGUUGAUAGAAUGGAUGAAAGGAAAAAUUACCAAAAGGAUGUAAAUAAAGAUAUUUUUUACAGCA